AUGGUGAAUGACAACCAAGGCUCAACAAGAUCAACUCUCAUUGAACAGACAAUCAAAGGAGCUAUUGCAGGCGGAAUUACUGGUGCAAUAGAGAUAUGUAUCACAUACCCGACUGAAUAUGUCAAAACACAACUGCAGCUCGAUGAACGUAUGGGCAGUGCUAGACAGUAUUCAGGACCCAUUGAUUGUGUAAAGAAAACAGUAAAAUCUUAUGGUGUACGGGGUCUGUAUCGGGGUUUAUCUGUACUUCUUUAUGGUUCCGUUCCUAAAUCGGCUGUCAGAUUUGGAGCAUUCGAGGAAUUCAAACGUCAUAAUGUAUCGCCUGAUGGAACGCUUACAGCUGGAAGAAAACUUCUAUGUGGUUUAGGUGCAGGUGUAUGCGAGGCUAUAUUGGUGGUGACUCCAAUGGAGACGAUUAAAGUAAAAUUUAUCAAUGAUCAGACAUCGAAAAAUCCACACUAUCGAGGGUUUUUCCAUGGCUGUCGUUGUAUCAUCAAAGAACACGGCAUUACUGGUAUUUAUAAAGGUGUAACCCCGACAAUUCUUAAACAAGGCAGUAAUCAAGCCAUUCGUUUCUUUGUCAUGGAAACACUUAAAGAUGGCUAUCGACAAUAUCGAGGCGAUAAGGUUAGUGGACUACCUGUGCCAAAAUUAUUGACCGGAUUGUUUGGUAUCGUGGCUGGAGCAGCGUCAGUAUACGGAAAUACACCGUUGGAUGUUAUUAAAACACGAAUGCAAGGUUUAGAUGCACAUAAAUAUAAAAAUACACUUCAUUGUGCUUGGAAAAUAUGGGUUGAAGAAGGCUUCUUUGCUUUCUACAAAGGUGCAGUACCUCGAUUAGGUCGUGUCUGCUUAGAUGUUUGUAUCAGUUUUAUGAUCUAUGAUUCAUUUAUGGAAAAUUUCCAUAAAGUAUGGGAUGCGAAGAAAACCUAAGGUGCAUUGUGGGUGCGUGAGUGUGUGGUGGUCAUUAUUUGUACAAUAUUCUUCAUACCACAAAAUCUAUAUUAUUUAUUAUACCAUUAUACCAUUGGUUGUGAUCAAACUCUUCGCUCUGACUGGAGUUACUCACUAUCAACCCAGUUAGUUAUCCAUGGAACUUUUUUUAUACAACUAGUAGGAAGAAUAUUUGAAUAAAGAGGAAAUUGACUAAUUUCAAGUAUAUUACUUAUUUAUUUAUUUAUUUAUUCAUAUAUUUCUAUUUAUCGGUUGUUAUGUUAUGUAACAAGCAUUCCAAUGGUUUCAUCAUUACUUUAACAAUGGUUGUGCUACUAAAUAGUCAUUUAUGGUUGUGCAAUAAUGAUAAUAAUAACGACAAAAUUGGUUAACGGUUAUUUUUAUUAUUACUAUUGUUAUUAUUAUCACUAUUACUAUUACAACUACUACUUCGAACUGAAAUAUUUUCGAUGUUUGUUUCAGAUAUUUUUUAAAGAUGAUUUUUUUGCGGGG